AUGAACGAUAAAUUGAAUACAUUGGUCUUUCAAACGGAAUCUCUUGUCGGAUUGACAUCACUAAUCAACGUGAUUUGCAUUCAUGUGGACACAAGCCAAUGUCCAUCAACGAAAACGUAUUGUAGAUUGCUCGUUGAUUUCUCAAAAACUUGCACAAUUGAUCUGAUUUCUGAUCCAUUUACAAUGAUUUGCGCGAAUGAUCAUGGAUAUGUGAUUGAUGGAAAUCCGCAAACAGUCUAUCUACCAGAAUGUGACUCAAACUUUCAAGACUUCACAAAUGAAACAGUUCAUGAAAUGUGCGAAAAAGAAUUGGGUCGAGAUUAUUUCACUUUUUAUUACAAUCCAAAAUUUGAUCUCUUUCAUUAUUAUCAAUUUAAAAGCUCGAUCUCUUUUCGAUAUUUGGAAUAUUCUGAUCCCAAAACAACAUUUGUCCUCGAAUCAGUUGAUGUGGAACAAGAAGGAAUGACAAAUAUUGAAAUGAGAGCGACGAAUUCAACUUGGUUUAUGUUACCUUUGAGUCAACGAUAUCUCUCUUAUUUCAAUCUACAUUCACUAAAUGAUUCUUGUGUAUUUGACCUCAUCAUUGGACAUCCACCGACAACUUUUCAUUUGGACUAUUCCGAUAGACUCUUGAUAAGAUAUCGAGGCAACACUGAAGCUAUCUCUCACCCACUCGAGCAACAUGUUUACAGUUUUUUUGCUCCAGAGAAUUGUCAUUUUCAUCUUAUGGUGAACACAACAUUGAUUGAACUGAUAGAAAUGAAUUUCAAGGACAAAUUGCAAGUUUAUUGUACAGGCGGAGUCGUUUCAUUGGCGGUGGCUUUGGGGGAAAAACUUCAACUUUUCAAAGCUCUUGAUGCGGUUUCUUCACCCCCAAAUCCCGCAACAGCAAAACAAGUCGCUGAAAAAGCCCAUUGUAAAGAACGUUAUGUGAAAGAAUGGCUCUCCUGUUUGGCGACAGCCGAUUUGAUUGAAGUUGAUGAGGAAGAGAGAUUUUCGAUUUCUGACGAGAAGAGACAGUUUUUGAUCGAUGAUCCAUGUGCUCCUUUUGUCCGAAUGCAAUACAUUACAGCAUUUGCAUCGGCUUUUGAUCAAUUGGCUGAUUUGAUGAAAGAAGUAUCGCCAGUUUUGGGUCUUGAUUAUGCCCAUUUCGAUGAUUAUUAUCGAUGUCGGGAUGUUUACACAAAAAGUUUGUAUGGGAAAUUCUUGAUUUCACGGAUAUUGCCGGAUGUCGGAAAGGAAAUUGUGGAUCAAAUGAAAUCCCCCGGACUUCUCUCAUUGGAUGUGGGUUGUGGGAGUGGAUUUCACUCGAUUUUGAUGGCUCAAAACUUUCCAUCUUCAACAUUCACCGGAAUCGAUAUUUCUUCGAGUGCAAUUGAGACAGCCAAGAAUGAGUCAAGACGCUUGAAUUUGACAAAUACGGAGUUUCAUGAAUGUAAUGCUGAAGCACUGCCAGAAAAUUGGAGUGAGAAAUUCGACUUUAUUACGAUUUUUGAUGCAUGUCAUGAUCAAAUGAGACCCGAUAAGAGUCUUCAAGAAAUCUAUCGAGUUUUGAAGAAAGAAGGAAUUUUUGCAAUGGUUGAAAUUGAUGGAACGGGCAAUACAAUGGAAGACAAGAAAAGGGAUCCAGAGAAAGCGUGUCUCUAUUAUGGGUCCUCGUUGUUUCAUUGUUUGCCCGUUGGAAGCAAUUCUUCAGACGCCCUCGCUCUCGGUUCGAUGUGGGGUCGAAAGAGAGCUCAUCACUUGCUCGAAUCAGUUGGAUUCACCAAUAUUCAAUGCAAAUCAUUAGAUUAUAUCUCGAAUUGUCUGUACCUUUGUACAAAA